AUGGAAGUACCAGACCGCCCGGUUAGCUUCGUUCCAGCAAAGAAUGGGGACGUCCUAGUCCUGGGAAACUUGAAGCUGCGUGUUAUGGAGGAUGGAUCAAACACGGACAUGCGCAUCAGUUCAGCUGAGCUGAUCAUUCCUCCCGGCGCUCGAGGGCCACCACCGCAUUGGCACGAGAUGCACGAUGAAACCUUCCUUGUCACUCAAGGCAUGGUCCGCUUUCACAUCCCUGGCAAGGCUAACGUUGACGCCCACGCCGGCGAUUAUGUCGUGGUCCCAACCCGCAGCCCCCAUACCUUCUCCAAUCCCGGUGAUAUGGAAGCCAGGUUCUUCAAUACCUACACACCCGCGUUCUACAUCAACUACUUCAAACUCUUGAGCGAAAUGUCGGAGGAGGGGAAGCCAAUGAGUCGGGAAGCAAACGAGAAAGCCAUGAGCUACUUUGCAACCCUCCCUAUCCCAGAGCCAUGA